UAUUUUCAAUGUGCAAUAAACAUCCCAAUUCCAGAAAAUUCAUCAUUACUUCUUUUCCCUUCACAGAUGACACAGUUGAUGACCAGUGGGAAUCAAACAAUGGUAACUGAAUUCCUGUUCUCCAUGUUCCCUCAUCUGCAUGAAGGUGGCCUCUUAUUCUUUAUUCCAUUACUUCUUGUCUAUGUAUUUAUCAUAACUGGAAACCUAAUGAUAUUUAUUGUUGUCCAGUUGGAUGUGGCCCUGCACACCCCCAUGUAUUUCUUCAUCAGUGUGCUCUCCUUUCUGGAGAUCUGGUACACCACGACCACCAUCCCCAAGAUGCUCUCCUGCUUAAUAAGUGAGAAGAAGACCAUCUCACUGGCUGGCUGCCUCAUGCAGAUGUACUUCUUCCACUCACUAGGUAUCACAGAAGGCUGUGUCCUGACAUCGAUGGCCAUUGACAGGUACAUAGCUAUCUGCCAUCCCCUCCGUUAUUCCACCAUCAUGACUCCCAUACUUUGUAUCCAGCUGACAGCUGGAUCCUGCCUCUGUGGCUUCUUCCUUGUGCUCCCUGAGAUCACAUGGAUUGCUACCCUUCCUUUCUGUGGUUCCAACCAGAUCCGCCAGAUCUUCUGUGACUUUACACCUGUGCUCAGCUUGGCCUGCACAGAUACAUCCCUGGUGAUCAUUGUGGAUGUCAUCCAUGCAGUGGAGAUUCUGGCCUCCUUCCUAGUUAUCACCCUAUCCUACAUCCGGAUCAUUGUGGUAAUUCUGGGCAUGCCCUCAGCUGAGGGUCAACAGAAGGCCUUUUCUACUUGUGCAGCCCACCUCACUGUGUUUUUGUUGUUUUUUGGCAGUGUGUCUGUCAUGUAUUUGCGAUUCUCAGCCACCUACUCAGUGUUCUGGGAUACAACAAUUGCUGUCACUUUUGUGAUCCUUGCUCCCUUUCUGAACCCCAUGAUUUACAGCCUGAGAAAUAAGGACAUGAAAGAUGCCAUUGGGAGGCUUUUUCACCAUCAGAAAAGAGCUGGUGUGUCUGGGAGAUAG